AUGAAUGAAAUAAAAUCUGAAAAUAUAUUGCAGACAAGGCCAUUCAAGUUAGGUAUUGAGGAGAUUCAAAAUUUAGGGUCGUCUUAUUUUAUAGAAAACAAUGAAAAGCUAAAAAAAUACAAUAACGAAAUCAGUUCAUUGAAAAAAGAACUGGACAUUUUAAAUGAAAAAAUGGGGAAAUGUACUACAACGACGAAGAUUGUGGAACCAGCCAAAACUCCUGAAUUUACCUUCUGGUAUUAUGAACUUAAAGAAAUGAAAGGAUUUCAGGACCUGGUUAUGUAUGAAGUAAAGAAGAAGAAAAAACACUUCAAAGUGUUGAGCCACAGUUGCCUAAAAUAUUUAAGUAAUCGAGAAAAGAUGAAAAUAAAAAAACAAGAAGAAGAAGAGAAAAGGUUAAAAUUAUACUCAAAGAAUAUAUCAUCUUAUAUGGAUGUAUUUUGGAAGAAAAUAGAAAAACUAGUAUGGGAAGAAAAAAAGAGAGAAUUACAACAAACAUUAAAUAAAAAAAAAGAAAUGAGAUUUAAAAAGUUUGUAAAAGAAGCCAUUAAAAAAAUAAAAGAUGCUAGGCAUAAUAAUGCUCAUGAAUUAUUUGAAAAUAAAUAUGUUAGCAUGAGUUCAAAUAAUAACAGUGAAAUUGUUAAUAAUAAUUCGUCAUCAAUUGAUAAUGGCGAUAAAGAAUUAAAAGAAGAUGAUCUGACGGAUCAAGAAGAAGAAGAUUAUCUGUUGGAUGAACAAAUGAGCUCAACGGGUGAAUCUGAAAACAAAGAAGAAGAAAUUAAUAUGUUAGAUGAUGAAGCAAACUUGCCAAUUGAAGAAUUAUUGAAAAGAAUGUAUGGUUUUAAAGAUGGAGAGGAUUAUAUAGAUUUUAUGGAAAAUGAAGAGAAUGUAAAUGAAACGAGUCAUAAUGAUGAAAAAAGUGAAGAUAAUAGCAUUGAUGAGAAUGAAACGAAUCAUAAUGAUGAAAAAAGUGGAGACAAUAACAUUGAUGAGAAUGAAAUGCGUCAUAAUGAUGAAAAAAGUGGAGACAAUAACAUUGAUGAGAAUGAAACGAGUCAUAAUGAUGAAAAAAGUGGAGACAAUAACAUUGAUGAGAAUGAAACGAAUCAUAAUGAUGAAAAAAGUGGAGAUAAUAACAUUGAUGAGAAUGAAACGAGUCAUAAUUAUGACAAACGUGAUGGAGAUCAAUUUAAUCAUGAGACUAAGGAUGAAAUACUUAAUAAUUCCUCGUAUGAACAUAUUGAUAAUAAGAAUUAUUAUGAUAAGACAGGAGAAGAUUACAAAAGUGAUAAAGAGAAUUAUUCUCCAACCAGAUUUAAUAAUAAAUUAAAAAAAGAAAAAUAUGAUGAAUAUGAUACAAAAAUGAAAAUAGAAAAAAGAGAAGAAGAAAAUAAAAAUUAUGAAAAGGAUGAAAAUCAAAGUGAUAAUUAUGAUAAUGGAAAAAUAAAUAAAAAAAAAGAAUUUAUAUUAUUAAAAAAUGAAAUUCAAAAUGAUUCGGAUGAUAUAUCUGAACAUAUAAAACGAGAUAGUGUAUCGUCUUGUCAAAAAAUUAGUGAAAAGAAAAGAAGAAUUAUAAAAGAUGAAUAUAAUUUAAGAAGAACAAAAAUAGCAAAAAGUAAACUAUCUAGCAACAACAGUAAUAUUGAUAAUAAUAAUAAUAUUGAUAAUAUUGAUAAUAGUGAUGAUGAUAAUAAUAAUAAUAAUAAUAGUGAUGAUAGUGAUGAUAUGUUAAGGUGUAAUAUGGAUGAAAAACAUUUAACAAAAAUACCUCCUAUUAUUAAAGCAACAUUAAGAGAUUAUCAACAUGCAGGAUUACAUUGGUUAUUAUAUUUAUAUAAAAAUAAUAUUAAUGGUAUAUUAGCUGAUGAAAUGGGUUUAGGUAAAACAUUACAAUGUAUAUCAUUGUUAAGUUACUUAGCUUAUUAUUUAAAUAUAUGGGGUCCUCAUUUAGUAAUAGUACCAACAUCUAUAUUAAUAAAUUGGGAAAUUGAAUUAAAACGUUUUUGUCCUUGUUUUAAAAUAUUAUCUUAUUAUGGAAAUCAAAAUGAAAGAUAUAAGAAAAGAGUUGGAUGGUUUAAUAAAGAUUCUUUUCAUAUAUGUAUUUCUAGCUAUUCAACUGUUGUUAAAGAUCAUUUAGUUUUUAAAAGGAAAAGAUGGAAAUAUAUAAUAUUAGAUGAAGCUCAUAAUAUUAAAAAUUUUAAUACAAAACGUUGGAAUAUUAUAUUAAGCUUAAAAAGAGAUAAUUGUUUAUUAAUUACAGGUACACCCUUACAAAAUAGUUUAGAAGAAUUAUGGUCUUUACUUCAUUUCCUUAUGCCAAAUAUUUUUACCUCCCAUUUAGAUUUUAAAGAAUGGUUUUCAGAUCCUUUAAAUCUAGCUAUAGAAAAAAGUAAAAUUCAUCAUUCCAAAGAAUUAAUUAAUAGAUUACAUACUGUUAUACGUCCAUAUAUUUUAAGAAGAUUAAAAAAAAAUGUAGAAAAAGAAAUGCCAAAUAAAUAUGAACAUAUUAUUAAAUGUAAAUUAACAAGAAGACAACAAAUCUUAUAUGAUGAAUUUAUAAAUAAUAAAAACGUGCAAAAUACAUUAAAUACAGGGAAUUAUAUAGGAUUGAUGAAUAUUCUAAUUCAACUCAGAAAAGUAUGUAAUCAUUGUGAUUUAUUUACAAAUAAAUAUAUACAAACACCAUAUUUUUAUAUGUUAUCUAUUCGAUAUUUUAUACCUCGAUUUUUUAUCUUAUUUGAAAAAAAUUAUUAUGCAGAUUUUUAUUUAAUACUUUUUCUUCAUAAUGAAUUUACAUCUUUGGGGGGGCAAACAGUUAACAAACAAUCAAACACAUCAUCUACAUCACUUGACCUUCCUCAUAUAUUAACAAAAAAUAACACUAAUGAUAUGUAUCAUAAUAAUCAUAUUUCUGAAUUGUAUGAUAAUCAUAAAAAUUAUAAUUAUCAUCCAAAUGAUCAUAUUAAUAAUAUGAAUAAUAUUAAUAAUAUGAAUAAUAUUAAUAAUAUUAAUAAUAUCAAUAAUAUCAAUAAUAUGAAUAAUAUGAAUAAUAUAAAUAAUAUCAAUAAUAUGAAUAAUUUGAAUAAUUUGAAUAAUAUGAAUAAUAUCAAUAAUAUGAAUAAUAUCAAUAAUAUGAAUAAUUUGAAUAAUAAUCCAUCUGGAUUUACAAAAAAUUCUGAACAAUUUUAUGAGAACAUAUCACAUGAAAGACAUAAUAGUUAUCAGAUGAUGGAUCAUCAAAAUAUGAAUAAUAUAUUCUCAAACGAAUUCAUAAAUUCUUUUACACAUGAUGAUAAUUCAAAUAAUAAUUUCUAUAAAUUUUCUCACACGGCUAACAAUAAUGAGACACAAAUGGGUAUACAUGAUAACAAACAAUGUGAUCAGAAUAGAUUUGUUGUAGAUGCAUUGAGUAAUAUGAAUAGGAAUGAGAAUGAAGAAAAUAAGUCUUUGAAUGAUUUAAAGGCAUAUAACAAUAAUGAAAAUAUUAAUAAUAAUAAUAUUAAUAGUAAUAUAUGUACAGGUGAUUAUCCAUCUGAUAUUAUUAAUCAUAGGAAUGCUUUUCUUUCCAUACUAAAACAGAUGAACCCAAAUAUUCCCCUUAACAUCGACAAUAAUAAUAAUAUGUAUCAUUUGAACAGAUGUAAUAGUCGUAAUAGUGGUAAUAGUCGUUAUAGUCGUAAUAGCUCACUCUCUAAUAUUUUUUCAUCCAAUGCAAGUAGAAUGAAUUCAUUCCCAUUAGAUCUGCUAUACACGAAAAGUUUUAUGAAUCAAAAUGAUUUAGAUAAUAAUCCUUCUUUUGUUAACAUAAUUAUAGAAGAUGUUCAUAGUUAUCUUUAUAAUAAUAUAUAUAAAGAAUAUAUUCCUAAGAAUUUAUUAAGUUUUUCUGAUGAAUUUCUCACAGAAUUAAAUAAUAAUUAUGAUAUUCUUUCUUUAUAUAUUGAUCCUUAUAAUAGAUAUAAAAGUUAUAAUGAAUAUCUUUAUAAAAUGAAAGAGGAAGGAGGUACAUUAUCAAAUCAACAAUCAUUAAGCGAUAUAGGUAAUAAACAUAUGUAUCAUAAAAAUACAUCUAAUGAAAAUAUACAUGUUAAAAAUAGGAAAAAAUUUAUAUACAAAUAUAAUAACAUGUUUAAAGUAAUUAAUAAUGAAACACAAUAUCAAAAUAUUUUUACGGAUGACACAAAUAAUAAUAGUUAUUAUAAUUCUUUGGAACAUAAUUUAUGGAUUAAAAGACAUCAAAUCGAUGAAAAAAAAAAAGAACAAGAAGAUGAAAAGAAUAAAUAUUAUAAUGUAUGUAUGAAUAAUUUUUAUAUAUUAAAAAAUGAAAGAAUUCCUAUCUUUGGUAAAAAUUUUCUAGAUUUAAUUAAGAAAGAAUUUACAAAGGAUAAAAGUAUUGUUUAUAAUUAUAUGAAUAACGUUCCUAUUGAUUAUUAUUCAUCUAUGAGAGAAGUAUCGGUUGAAGAUAUUUAUGAAAAGGAUAACAAAAAGAGAAAAUAUAUAAGAGAAAAGAGAUCAAACAAGAGGAUUAAAAAAAAAAAAAAAAACAGUCAACAAGAUGAUAGUGAUAUUGACAUGGAAAUACAAAUAAAUGCCGAUGAACAAAAUAAUAAUAUUGAUCAAGAACAAUAUAAUUAUGAUGAUGAAGAUGUUAAUUCUAAUAUGUCAUCUAAUGUAUAUACAAACAAUGAUAUGUCGUUACAAAAUUUUGUUAAUUCUAAAUAUCAUAAUUCAAUGAUGAACUUGUCUUAUGUUCUUGAAUCUUUAUUUCCUAAUAUGGAACAAUUUUUAAAAAAGAAUGAAAAGAUGAUACAUAAUUUUACUUUAAUAAAUAAUCCAUCAGUUAUAUGUAAAAGUCAUGAUAUAAGAAUAAAUAAUAAUUUAAUAAAUUAUAGCAAUGAUAAAAUGAAUCCAAUAAUUAUACAAAUAAAGAAUGCAACCAGAGUAUAUCAUGAUGCUUUUUUAAAACAAUCAAUUAUAUUUCCAUUAAAUAAAGAUAUAUCAUUAGGAAGUGGUAAAUUAUGUGCGCUAGAAAAAUUAUUAAGUAAAUGUAAAAGAGAAGGAAAUAAAUGUUUAUUAUUUACACAGUUUAUUAAAAUGUUAGAUAUAUUAGAAAUAUUUUUAAAUCAUUUAAAUUAUUCAUUUAUAAGAUUAGAUGGAUCAACAAAAGUUGAACAACGUCAAAAAAUUGUUACCAAAUUUAAUAAUGAUAAAUCGAUUUUUAUAUUUAUAUCUUCAACACGUAGUGGUAGUAUAGGUAUUAAUUUAACAGCAGCAAAUGUAGUAAUUUUUUAUGACACAGAUUGGAAUCCUUCAAUUGAUAAACAAGCUAUGGAUAGAUGUCACCGCAUUGGUCAAACAAAAGACGUACAUGUUUUUAGAUUUGUUUGUGAAUAUACUGUAGAAGAAAAUAUAUGGAAAAAACAAUUACAAAAAAGGAAAUUAGAUAAUAUUUGUAUAAAUAUGGGAAAUUUUAAUAACUCAAAUACACAUUCAAAAAUAACAGAUACAGAUCCUACAAAUAAUAAGGACUGGUUUACAAAUGUUGAUACUAUCAAAGAAGUAUUCAUUAAUAAAAAAAAUAAUGAUGAUGACGAUGAUAUGUAUAAAGAUAGAUUAUUACAUGAGCAGGUGGAAAACAAGGAUAAAAUGAAUGUCCGUUUUGAAAAAACAUUAGAACAUGUUGAAGAUAAGGAUGACAUACGUGCAUUAAAUGAGACUAAAAAGGAGACACAAAAUGAGAUAUCUCAAAAUAUGCAGGACUUUACUACUCGUAAUGACUUUCAAGACAGCUAUAACCUCACCUCCUACUGCUUUAAUUUCUUAAACGACAAUCUAACAGACUCUUUAAAAGAACAAAUUGAUGAAAUGAGAAUGAAAAUAGAAAUUGAAAUGAUGAAUACUGGAGAUGAUAAUAUGUCCCUUAAUGACUCAUCAAAUUAA